ACAAAGACUAAUAAGCAGGCUGCAAACGAAAAAAUAUAGAAAAAUUAAUUGUGCGCUGCUGAUUUAACGAAUUUGUGGUAAAACAAAUUGAAAUCUUAUUCGUUUUGCAGCCGUCCGAGUUAAAAACAGCAAAAUAACCAAGUUUAACAUACGCCUUGAGAACAUAAUGUCGAAAAAUAAAAAAUUGUCGCUAUCAGGCGACUCCACAGAGAAAUUUAUCUACAAGCCUAAGGAUUUGAUAUGGGCCAAAAUGAAGGGUUUUACACCGUGGCCAGGCAUGAUUGUGGAGCCACCACUUGAUCUGCUUGGCCAGCAGCAUCGCGCCAAUACCAAAUGCGUGUUCUUCUUUGGCUCGCGCAACUUCGCGUGGAUUGAGGAGCAUAAUAUCAAGCCUUUCGAGGGGCCGUGGAAAGAGGAGCUAGCCAAGGUUAGCAAGCCAGCUGCAUUCAGGCAGGCCAUGGCGGAUAUUGACAAAUAUAUAGACAAUCCAGCUGAGAUCGAUGGCCAAAUCAAUGAGAGCUGUGGCAUGAGCAAUCAUGCAGCCACCGAAGCUGACUUUGAUAAGAUACGCGAUGGCUUGGAUAGCGAAGAGACUGCCGACGCUGCUGAUGGCAACAAUGGUAUUGUGCCCCAUGUGGUAGGCAGUCCCGAUGAUGCCGAAUCGACAGAGCCACCCUCCCCAGUGGUGCCAUCGCCACCGGCCAGAAGUCCCGCCAAGCGCACACCCAAAGCUAAAUCCAGCGCUGCGCUUACGGUGAGCAGCAAGCAGGUCAGCAAAGCGGCGUCUGCGAAGGCGGCAGCACAAAAAAAGCGUCGCAUCUCCUCACAGCAUACACCGGGCAAUGCAAGCAGCGCUAAACGUGGACGACGCGCCGCCUCCGGCGAUGCUGAGCCAUAUACGAGUCCCAGUACUGGUGACUAUGAUUGCGCCAGCUCCUCGUCGCUGACAACAAGAGCACGCAUCGAAUCAGAAGCCUUCCUGGGCUCAUUGACAAAGCGCGCACCCAAUGCAAUUGCGCUGCUGGAUAGACCAGUUGUAACGAGGCCAGAGGCACAGGCCAUUGAUAUGAAUACGCGUUCAAUGACAUUAGCUGAACGCGACAUUGUGCCGUCAGAUCAAACAUUUGGCUUCUUGGGUCUGGGCAUGAUGGGCUCCACCAUUGUGAAGGAUUUGAUAUUGACGGGACACAAGGUGGUGGUCUGGAACCGCACAAUAGAUAAGUGUACGCCUUUUGUUGAUGUGGGCGCUGAGGUUAAGGACACGCCCAUGGAUGUGGUGGAGGCCUCUGACGUUAUCUUCUGCUGCGUGUCAGAUCCCAAAGGCGCAAAGGAUGACGAUUGUUUGCAGCUGGUGUUUGGCAAUUGUGGCGUGUUGCAGUUGAAGGAUUUACGCAACAAGGCGUAUGUCGAAAUGUCCACAAUUGAUCCUGACACCUCCCUGGACAUUGGGGAGGGCAUCAAGCAAUGUAAUGGCCGCUAUCUGGAGGCACAGAUACAUGGAUCGCGACAGGAGGCCGCCGAUGGCAUGCUUAUCAUAUUGGCCGGCGGUGAUCGCUCAGUCUUUGAGGAAUGCCAUUCGUGCUUCAAGACCAUAGCCAAGAACACAUUCUUUUUGGGCACAGAUAUUGGCAAUGCCUGCAAGGUGAAUCUUAUUUUGCAAACUAUACAGGGUGUUAGCUUGGUCGGUCUGGCCGAGGCGUUAGCUUUGGCUGAUCGAUUUUCCAUAUCGUUAAACGAUAUCAUUGAUAUAUUUGAUUUGACUUCUAUGAAAUCACCGCUUCUGUUGGCAAAGGGCAAAGAAAUGGCCAAGGGCGACUUUAAUCCGCAACAGCCUUUAAGUCACAUGCAAAGAGACUUGCGUCUCGUGCUGAAUAUGGCUGAAAACUUGGAUCAAUCAAUGCCAGUGACGAGCAUUACGAACGAGGUGUUCAAGCAUACAAAACGUUUGGGUUAUAGUGAGCACGAUUCCAGUGCUGUAUUUGUAAGAUCCAGAUUUUAACAUAAGGUUAAGACGACUAUGAUUUAUCAUUUUAAAUAUUAUUCAAUCACACAAUCGUAAAAAAAAGGAAAAAAAAAACUACUUGCAAUCGAGCCCCCUCCUGUAAACAUGCAACACACAAAACUUUCAACACAGUGUGUUUAUUGUUAUUGCAACACAUUUUCUAAUUCAGGCACCCACCUCCUACUCCCAUCCCCUCCAGAACACACACAAACACUCCUUUACAAUUAGAGUAAUGCUCCAACUCUCAUGCAAGUCUUCAAACGUAGGCGCCUGUGAGUGCUGCUGUUUUAAUAUUUAGAUGCAUGAAACUUAUAAAACAGCAAGAGCUCUGGAAUACAUAUAAUUAAUAUUUAUUUCUAAUUGCGCUUGCAGCUUACCACAUGAUACCCAAACGUCCCCAUCAACAGUUUAAACAUAUUUGUGUUGUUUUCUUAAUUUCUCUAUAUUCUAUUUUUUAAAUGCGACU